GUGGGAAAGCUAGGCAGAACGUCUGCAAAACCCUGGGACGCCACCUGAUCGCGGCGGGGUUAGGAACUAUGGAAUUCUCUGGUAGAGACGAGAGCGGUGCCUCGAGAGAGAAGGAUGAGAGUGAGCCCUAUUUAGGAAUGACUUAAUGACCUUCGACGUUCAGAGCUCCAAGAGGACUUAAGCAGCCCUCCCAACUCUACAAACUUCAGCGUGGACAUAAAUUCCAGUUUUGUUCUCUUACAUUAAAGAGAAAAUGCUGCUAUCAGUGACUUCCAGGCCUGGGAUUUCAACUUUUGGCUAUAACAAGAACAACAAAAAGCCCUAUGUGUCACUGGCUCAUCAGAUGGCACCACCUAGUCCAAGCAACAGCACCCCUAACAGCAGCAAUGGGAGCAAUGGGAAUGACCAGCUGAGCAAAACCAACUUGUACAUCCGAGGAUUGCAGCCAGGCACUACUGACCAGGACCUUGUCAAGCUGUGUCAACCAUACGGCAAGAUUGUCUCCACGAAGGCCAUACUGGACAAGACCACAAACAAAUGCAAAGGCUAUGGCUUUGUGGAUUUUGACAGUCCUUCAGCAGCACAGAAGGCUGUAACAGCUCUGAAAGCCAGUGGUAUACAGGCACAAAUGGCAAAGCAACAGGAGCAAGACCCCACAAACUUAUAUAUCUCAAACCUCCCACUGUCAAUGGAUGAGCAAGAACUGGAGGGGAUGCUGAAGCCCUUUGGACAGGUUAUCUCCACCCGAAUUCUUCGAGACACCAGUGGAAUCAGCAGAGGGGUUGGCUUUGCAAGGAUGGAGUCCACAGAGAAGUGUGAAGCUAUCAUCACCCACUUUAAUGGAAAAUAUAUUAAGACUCCCCCUGGAGUACCAGCCCCGUCUGAUCCCUUGCUUUGUAAAUUUGCUGACGGUGGGCCAAAGAAACGACAGAACCAAGGAAAAUUUGUGCAAAAUGGACGGGCCUGGCCAAGGAGUGGAGACAUGGGUGGUAUGGCCUUGACUUAUGACCCCACCACAGCUCUUCAGAAUGGGUUUUACCCAGCCCCUUAUAACAUCACCCCCAACAGGAUGCUGGCUCAGUCUGCACUCUCCCCAUAUCUUUCAUCUCCUGUGUCGUCUUAUCAGAGAGUGACUCAGACAUCUCCUCUACAAUUACCUAACCCAUCUUGGAUGCACCACCAGUCAUACCUCAUGCAGCCUUCAGGUUCAGUUCUGACACCAGGGAUGGAUCACCCCAUUUCUCUUCAGCCUGCCUCCAUGAUGGGGCCUCUUACCCAGCAACUGGGCCACCUCUCGCUCAGCACCACAGGCACGUAUAUGCCAACGGCUGCAGCUAUGCAAGGAGCUUACAUCUCACAGUACACCCCUGUGCCUUCUUCCAAUGUUUCAGUUGAGGAGAACAGCAGCCAACAGAAUCAAGUGGCAGUGGAUACGCCCUCAGACCAUGGGGUCUAUUCUUUCCAGUUCAGCAAGUAACACUGGCUAACCCUGCCUACUUUGUCUUUUUAUAUUUUUAAAUUUUAUAAAUAUCCUUUUUAAAUGAAAUUUUAUAUGGAAUUUUGGAGGCUGAGCAAGAAAUAGACGUGGCUUUUUUCCUGACCCUGCCACAUCCUGGGAGAAGAGACUAGACUUUGCCUUCAGGAAGCAGAAAUGUGACCUAAAUUCAUUUGAGAGAUGACCCACAGCUUUGGGAUUUACUCGUGAAGCAAAUUUGGUUGAAGACUAGGUCUCGCAGUCUCUGGAAGGAUGGACUGACUGACUUCUGACUAGCUCUUCUCACUGCAGAGCCUGUCACCCUCUGAGGAAGGUGUCUUUUCCGGAGGCUCCAGAUUUUUCAGAAUGCCUGCCAUCCUGCCUCCUGGUGGAUCUUUUCUGCCCAGGUUACAUGGCCUCUCUUUCUGCUGCACAUUGCUGUGCUCCAGGCCUUUAUAGCUGUGACCUUGCUGCAGAGCAGUGUGUCUCAAGGGAGGUGCUUUUACCCCCCAGAGACCAUUGCAGUUAUCUGAUGACAUUUUUUAUUGCUAUGCCUGGGAGUGGGAGUGUAUGUGUUAUUUGCAUCUAGUUGCUAGAGACCAAGGAUGCCACUAAACAUCCUACAGUGCAAAGGAGAGCCCCACUAUGCCCAACAAAGAAUUAUCUAUUUCAAAAUAUCAAUAGGGCCAAGACUGAGAAACCUGGAUGUUGGCAGUGUUUUCCUGACUUCUCGGUUGAGGUAAAUUCCCACCCAGUCCUGGACACACAGUGCCCUUUAACGCUCAUGCAACUGGUUUGGAUGGAUGGAAUUGGUAUUCUUGAAUUCUCCCUGGACUCCAACCUUUGACACUUCUGCAUGUAACAAGAGCUGUCCUUGUAAGGCUCAUGGCUCUUGUGCACAUGCUAAAUACACAGACACACACUUGGAGGGAGGAAGGUACGGAUUGUUCUGUGGAUGCUAUGCAGGGAUGGGAAAGGAGUUUUAUGUGACCGUAGAGUGCUCUGCCCUUCCCUACUUUGUUUAGACCCCUUCCCUAGGGAGCCAGAAUAUUGGGAAUAAUUUUCCCUCUUGUUGAAGGACCACAAAGAGCUAGGGUAGAAAAAUGAAGUACAUCCCAUCUCAUGAUUUAUAAGGUCAGAUCUUUAUAAAUAAAGACUCUAGCUCUGUCAGAUGCAGUGGCACAGGCCUGUUAUCCUAGUGACUAGAGAGGUGUAACUUAGCAAGAUCUUGUCUCAAAGUGAAAAAUAAAAAGGACCAAAGAUGUAUGUAAUUCAGUGGUAAAGCACCUCCAGGUUUAAUCCCUGGUACCACAAAACAAACAAACAAAAACAACUUAUUUUUCUCACAUCGAGAUAAGCAGGAAAAAGCCUUUCUUUGCCCAUCUUCUGGAAAAUAAGAUCCUACUUCUGUCUUCUUCCAGUCACUCUCUCAUGUAUCAAAAGGAGAACUCUAUUCCCCUUUACUCAGAGACCAGGAGGCAUCUGCACCAGACAAAGCAAAUAAUGGAGAUGGAUAAAUAAGUGUUCAUGGGCUGGUGUGGAGAAAAAGAGAGGAUGAAAGCUGGAAGAGAAAAUGAGAUGUCAGUGGCUGCACAUAGAGCUAGGCCCAGCUUUCCCUUCUUUCCCUUUUGCCCCAUGAUUGAGGUCUUCCCUGCCAUCAGUCUUUGUACAUCCUGGGGAUAAAGGAGUUGGGGGCAGUGGGUAGGAAUACAAAGUGUAAAGAACAAAAUUGCCUCUGUUUUCUCAUUGGUGCUUUCAACCCCAGGAAAGUCUUAUCCAGCACAAAAGCUCCAAGUCCAUUAACCCUCCAGGAGGGUUUGGCUUAGCAGAUGGUGCUUGCUUUGUCUCUAACCUUCAGUAAAGUGAAAUAUUCCAGAGCUGCUAUCUCAUCAGUGACCUUUCAGAAAAAAGAGAAAACAGCCGGGUGUGGUGGUGCACACCUGUAAUCCCAGCAUCUUGGGAAGCUGAGGCAGGAUGAUCCCAAGUUCAAAGCCAGCCUCAGAAAUUUUUCCAGGCCCCAAGCAACUUAGUGAGACCCUGUCUCAAAACAUAAAAAGGGGUGGGGAUAUGGCUCAGUGAUUAAGUACUGCGUUCAAUACCUGGUACUGGGUGAAAAAAUCCAGAGUUCUGUUUAUUUAACUGAUGGUAGAUUGGGGAAGUCUUGCUUUGGUAGGUUUAAUGUUUGGGGCUGCCUUUCCUGCAUAGGAACUGGUGUUGCUGUCUCUGCUGACCUUCCUGUCUCCCAAAAUCCCUGAUUCUGUCUCCUUUCUCUGUAUUUUCUAAAUUUUUUAAAUGGCUGUGAUUUUUACUUUGUUUUAAAAUAUUGAAGUUACCUUUUUUGGUUCUCCUUAUAUGAACCUACCAUUGAGAGAGCGCUUCUGGUUUGGGCAGGUUUGAGGACAGGAAGUAAUUGGGAGCCUGCAGUUAUUUUUGUAGUGGUUAAUGGCACUGAGGAAUUUCUUUUUGGUGCUUUUGAUUUAUACUCCUAUUUUCCCCACUAGUUGUUAGUUCAUUUCUAACCGUGGGUAGUAAUUGGAGAAAGGAUGGAAUAGGAACUAUUUCUCCCAUGAAUUGGUGAAGAUUGGUUAGGGUGGGCAUCGGGUAGAGGAGCCAGUCUUGGACUGCGCUCUUUAAACACUAUGCCUAGUGUUUUCUGAAUCCUGUCUUCCUGGAAGCCACAUCUUACACUCUCUGUACUUUCAUCUCACCCCCACUCAUUACAGAUGCUCAUAACAUUCUUAAAAUAUUUUAGUACUUUGUGCUUUUCUGUUUUCAGUCAAAUAGAACUUAUGAGUUCUUUCCUCAGAUGGUAUAAUCCUUUACUAGGCUCUAGGCCUACCUAUCCCAUUUCAUGUCAGUGUUAUUGCUCUUUUCAGGCUCUGAGUUGAUAUCCUAACCCUAGACUGUUUGGACUCUUUGGAGGAGGGUGCAGGUAGAGGUUAGGAAGGUGUGGGAAUGAUAAUGGAUAGGGAUGUUAUUUUUAGUGUUUUCAACCGAAGAGGUUAAAGCCUGGUGGCUCUAAAGAGGUUAUAGCCCUUGUUAGUAACAGAGGUAUUAUUUGCACUAAGGAUGAGGACAAGACCUGCUGCACAGGCCAUUCCUAGUUGUGCCACUUCAGCCUCAUUUCAUUCCUCUUCCUUUUCUAAUUUGCUUAACAGUGAGCUCAUUCAUCCCCCCUAAUGCCUCCAGUGUCACCAGGCUCUCCUUGCUAUUCCAAUAUGUCAACCCACUGGGGCUGAGACCUACCUAUGGGAUUUUACUUUGCCAUAAAGAUGCUGUGAGUGAUCUCAGUGGAAUGUUGCAGGGAUCCCUGACAUUGACAAUUAUUGGUCUUCUGGAAAAGAAACUAUUGCUGCUUAGGCACAUGCCCCACCUUCUGGGAAGUAGCAGCAUUGCACACAUUGAGGGGCUACUUUGCCUUGUUAGCCAAGAAGUUGGGGAUAUGAUCAGGUCCCAACCUGCCCCUAUCCUCUGCUAGACCUGGAUCUGUGGACUUCAAAGAGGGUGGGGGUUACUAAAGCCAGCCUAUAGAUCCUAGAUCUUGUGCCUUGUUAUACCAGUUCUUCCUGAUUUCCUUUUAAACCAACCACUCCACUUCCAUGUGACCCAUUUUUUAGGGCUUCCCAAGCAUUAGCAGAUUCCUGAAGUUUGCUCAGCUUUUACCCUUUCCUUCUAUUAGACAGUCUUCCUCUGUGGCUAAAACCAGCCUAUAGUGCUCUCUCCCCUGAUCUUUGCUGAACCUCCCUAUAGGUGUUCCUCAUGUUUGAAAUGAGAAAACUAGGUGCUCUCAACACUCUAGUUACCACUGCUUUCUCCCUGGCCUGUCCACUUGUUUUGAAUAAGCAUUCAUUAUCCAAGUAGAUGCCCAAACUUCCUUGUCCUUGUUACUCAUCUACCUCAAAAUCUCUCAAUUAAACAAGGGCACAAGCACCUGACUUACAUCUUUUCCUGUUGUUCUCUUCAUGAGGGUUAGGAAACUGGGGACUAGAAAGGACUCAUGAACAAAUUCAGUCUUUGGUUUUUCUACUUCUGGAAUGUCUUCUCUGGGGGUUUUAGCUCACUAAUCAAACUUUUUAGGUAGGUCUCAAUGUGGCACCACCUAAGGUGACAACAGAUUGUUGGGAGUUACCCCAGGACCACCAUUAGAACAGAGCUUAGAACUAUAAAAUUAAUUAUUGGCUGCCUCACCGCAGAGAAGGUAACCAAACACCAAAGAGUUUUAUAGGACUGGAAAUAGAUGUUCCUUUUUCACCUUAACAGUUAUCUUUCUUAGAGGGUUCAGGAGAAAAAAAUGCCCAAACUAAAGGGUUACCUAGUUAAGACUUUUACAGCUGGAGUAAAUAAAAGUUCCUACUCCAUCACUGGUGUCCCAAUUUCCCCAACACAUACCCUUUUUGGAUGGAUGAAUACUUACUACAUGCACUUAUCACCUUGAAAUAAGUUUAAUUUAUACUUAAAACACAUUUUGUACUAUUUUUCCUUUAUCCAGAGACUUCUAGUUUUAUAUUCUUUCCAUGUUAUGCCAAUGCCACCCUUUUAGCUUAUUCUUUUCUGACCCCUGGUCUUCCCAUGUUGCUUCCUUACAGUUUGGUAGAGAUUCAUUUUGUCAACAUUUUUAAUAAAACAAAAAAAAUCUG